AUGAUGAUCUCGGAGGAUAUCCCAAGCGAGAGCAACGCAGUGCUGAUUUACGCCCCAAGCGUUGCUUUCUUCGUUGUGACGCCUAUCUUUAUCCUUUCCCGCCUUUGGAGCCGUGUAGCCAGGCGAUCGAGUCUGGGUUGGGAUGACACAACCAUCAUUAUAUCCUUUUUCUCGGCCUUGACGGUACAAACUGUCAUGGUAGUGUCCUGCAGCUACGGAUUUGGUCGUCAUAUUGAAACCUUGACUAUAGAUGACAAGUUGAUGGCACUCAAGUUAUUCUAUGUCGCCCAGAUAUUCUACAAACUCACUGCGAAUCUCGCCAAAAUAUCGAUACUCCUGCUAUAUCUCCGCAUAUUUAUCCAAAAAUGGUUCCACAGGUGUUGCUAUACCCUCAUAGGUACCAUUGCCUGUUAUAUGUCUAUAGCCUCAGCCUUGUCAAUCUGGCAGUGCCAGCCGCUCAGCGGUGCCUGGGACAAAUCUAUCCAGUCAACUUGCAUUAGCCUCAACAAGAACUGGCACGCGAAUGCUGGGUUUUCCAUUGGCACCGAUACCUUGAUAUUGAUGUUACCAAUACAGCCUAUAUGGAUAAGCCAACUACCCGUCGCGCACAAACGUGCACUCAUGAUGGUUCUCACCAUGGGCGGCGGUGUUGUUAUAGUGACAUCCAUCGUGCGCAUGACAACCCUCGAUCUGGCAACCAAAACUCUUGAUACGACAUUCGAAAUUAGCUCCACCAUGUGGACUAUAAUCGAACAGAAUUUAGCUAUUAUCUGCACAUGUCUCCCUAUGUGCCGUAUCCCCAUCGCUAUCAUCUUCCCAUCAUGCUUCCCUAAUUCAAAGAAAUCUUCACACAGUGUUUCUCAACGCAUAGAUGGAACUCGAGUUCAGACUGGAGCUUGGAAUCCUUAUGUUGGGCCUAGAAGUGCACAAGGUCUUACACGAAGUGUCGUCCUUCCAAACGAUGAAGCAAGCGAGGAAGUCAUAUUGGGCUCUUUAGAAAGAACUGAUACGCCGUCCACGUUGGCAAGUGCUGCUGGUGUGAUAAGAAAGACUGUUGAGUAUGGUGUCACAUACGAGGUUAACCCAGAGGCCAACCCAUAG